CUGAAUAUACUUCCGUGUAACUGUACCUAAAUAAAGUUACUUACUAGUGACGUACUAACUUAGGUCCUCACAACCUCUACACCCAACAACAGUGAACAACAAAAGCAGCAGCAGCGGAAAUUUCGACAAACAUAAUGGAGCAAGCAGGACAGCAGCAGCAGCAACAACAGCAACAGCAGCAACAGGUACACUUCGACUUUAUGGUGUUCUGCUAAUGCAUCAGUUUUCAAUUACCCAUUCUUCAUCUAUUCAGACUUCAUCUUUUCACCACUCACUAUAAGUUAAGGAUGAAAGUAUUUAAAGCAAAGUGGUGGGGGUGGGGUGGUGCAGGAAGCCAGAUCUCACGAAACUGCUGGUUCCCACUGUCUGACUUCUUGAUGCAGCUGGAGGACUACAACCCAACGAUUCCAGAUGCUGUGACAGCUUACUACUUGAAUUGUUCUGGUUUUGAAGCUGCUGAUGGUAGACUUGUUCGUUUGAUUUCACUGGCAGCUCAAAAAUUUAUCUCUGAUAUAACUAAUGAUGCUUUGCAACACUGCAAGAUGCGAGGCUCCCAGCAGUCGAGCAGCAAGACCAAAGGUAAAGACAAGCGAUUCACACUCACUAUGGAAGAUCUCACACCUGUUCUUGCAGAGUAUGGCAUCACUGUCAAGAAACCUCACUACUACAUUUAGUAGAGGAAAUUAAAAAUCUGUUUUACUUCUAACUUUAUUCCAAUCAUAUUGAUAAUGUCUUCAUGUAUUAUGAAUAAAAUGUGAAAUAAAUACUA